AAUGGUUACUGGCACUCUCCGAGAAGAAGACGACGACGACGAAAUGCUUCAAAUCGGAGAAAACGAAGUCGAAGGUGAGAAUGUCUCCUCCGGUAAAUCGGAGCUUCAAAUGUACCGGAUUAAUUCGAUUGAAUCAACACUCGUGAUCCGGCAGUUACCGUCGCUAGGCAUCGCCUUCAAGCUCUGGCUUCCUGCAACAACUCUCGUCACGCUUCUCGAUAACUACCGUCGUGACCCAAGCACCAGCCCACUCACUCACACCUUCUCCAAUUUUCACUCCGUCGGUUCAGAUUCAUCUUCGCCGCUUAACAUCGUCGAGCUCGGAUCUGGAACUGGAAUCGUCGGAAUCGCGGCGGCUGCGACGCUGGGUGCUAAUGUCACGGUGACGGAUCUCCCAAACGUGAUCGAGAAUCUCAAAUUCAACGCCGACGCGAACGCCGAAGCCGUGGCUAGAUUCGGUGGGAAAGUCCACGUGGCGUCUCUUCGUUGGGGAGAAACCGAUGACGUGGAGGUUUUGGGUCAAAAUGUUGACUUGAUUCUAGCGUCUGACGUGGUCUACCACGAGCAUCUUUACGAUCCACUCCUCAAAACUCUGCGUUUUAUGCUCUUAGAAGGAUCCAAGAGAGUGUUCCUUAUGGCUCACCUCAAGAGAUGGAAGAAAGAAUCCAUCUUUUUCAAGAAAGCUCGGAAGCUCUUCGAUGUUGAUGUUAUACAUUGUGAUGAUCCUCAAGAAGGUUCAAGGAUUGGAGUUGUAGUUUACCGUUUUGCACCGAAAAAUCAAACCUUGAAGAAAAAAGAUAAUUGUUAAAUGAAAUUUGAGCACUUCCAAGGUUAAUUAAUCAUAAUCAGAUUAGGUCGGUGUCCGUACAGAGAACCAAGGUUGAGGAAAGAGAGAAGAAGAUGACUCUG